AUGGCCGACGCAGACUCGCCUGUGCAACCAGUAGGAUGGCGGAUACCCAAAGCAUGCCAAGAGUGUCGAAAGAGGAAGAUCAAGUGCAAUGGCGCCAGCCCAUGCAAAACUUGCGAUCUCCGCGGUACACCAUGCGCGUAUCGCGAUGUCACCCGACAGCGAAAGAAAAAACAUCAGUAUAGGGAGGGUAGUGAUGCAGGCGCAUCGAAUGAAGCCACGCGGCCCGAGGAUGUCGCACAGCAGCAGUAUCCCGAAGUGCCGCAUGCCUCAGGUCGCCGGAAACCAUCCGUCAGCUACACGUUCGACAGUAGUGUCUCAGCCACGCAUACGGAGUCUCCAUCAUGCAAGGCCCAGCUGUACUACGGGUCAACCUCUCACUUUGCGCUCAUGCAUGAAAUUUACAGAGACUUGGUAGCAUCCAAACAUGCACCUUCUUCCGAAGAGCCACGCAUGGUCCAGGAAGCCGGAGCUGGGUUGGACAUGUUCAGCUUUCGGCGCAUCUUCUUUGGAACUCCCGUGGGCACCCAGGAUCCAACAAAAAGUGUUAACGCAAUGAAUACGCCUGUAAUGUUUCUACCAUAUGACCUUGCCAAAAUGUUCCUGAGCCGGUUUUUGUCGUCGCUGUACAUCAUGAUGCCGUUUCGGCCGAAGGAGACUUUCGAACGGCAGCUUUGGGAGUUAUACUAUCAGGCUCCUGAUUCACGCACUGAUAUUUGGGGUCAUUGUAUGAUUUUAAUGAUUCUAGCUAUUGGGUCGCUCGGCACAGAAUAUUACGGCUGGGGUGAUGUGCUCUUCGAACGAGUCAAAUCGUCAUGUGCGAUGCUAGAUGACGUUGUCAACCUGCAAUCCGUACAGCUAUGGCUACUAAUGAUAAGUUGUUGGUUCAUCAUACCCAAAACAAACAGCUAA